GUAACAUUCGGUAGAACAUGUAUUAGCGAUACUGGGAUACAGGGAUAGUCAUUUAAUAUGAUAUCUUAUUAACGGCUUGUAGCAAGACAACCCAGUUACAGAUUGUGGAAAGGCGACGUCACAGCAUGUUAGCUGUCGUCUGCCUAUUGACGGCGCUUUCUACCACCCACGUCGAAUCGGCAGUAUCGUCAUACUUCGAUAAACCAGAUCACUGUAAACCAAUAUGUCCGUGCAUAAUGGACGAUAUCUACUAUGACCAUGGGGACGAGUGGACACAGAAGGGAAAGCCGUGCAUAAGAUACAAAUGUGAUAAUGGAUUUUACCAGCCAAUUUACCAAGGUUGUGAAUACAAAGAUCAAUGUAAAGAUGCCAACUCUACCUGGACGGAGAAGUGUAUGACAUACAGGUGCUCUAACUUUGAAAACUACAACGAAUAUACAUUGUUAGAGGGAGGAUGUGAGGACCGGGAGGGAAUUUGCCAUAAGGUUGGAGACCGUGUAUAUCUCGACUGUAACGUAAUGGAGUGCCAGAUUCAUAUCACGUGCUAUCGAUUCAUGCCAAUCAGUAAAGGUUGUCGCGCACAGGGCGAAUGCAAGAAACUAAACUCAUUUUGGCAUGAUGGCUGUUCUAUGUAUCAAUGUGUGGAGAAAGACGAAGAACCACCCAAUUUCUACCUGAUGACUGAUGAGUUAAUGUACUGGCCAACCGGGAACUAUAGCUUACUGGAGACGGUAGGAGGGUGUCCGAUAGAUGUAAAGGAGGAAUGGAAAACCGGAUCCAGAUUCCACAUGGGAGACGGUCAAAAUUAUGUGUCAAUGCCCUUUCAUCUUCAUGGAAACUACACAAAAAAGUAUUUCGAGCACAGAUUUUGUUCCCACGUUGGAAUGAUUGAUGACACACUCAUUCCCCGAUAUCAGACGUACUGGGACCCUGGUCGUUAUUGUAUUAUGCAGUUAAACGGGGAAUGCCCUAACGGUUUUAAACAAGGAUACAUUGAGAUGGAUGAUUUGAAUGGAUAUGAAUCGAUCAAUUACGUCAAAGGAACCGUUCCGGAUGGCGAAUACCAGAAGAACACUGGGUUUUACUUUUGUUGUCGUGCCGACGGCGAUAUAGAUGUGCCUAUUAUACUACCAAAGGAAAUGCCUUUCGCUUUGUAUAUGGCUUCUAACGCUGAUGACUGUCAGACCGUCAGAGGGAUGACAUACCAAAAGGAAUACUUUGUGUUUGAUGACGAGAAUGUCGGCGUCCAUUUAAAGAAGAAGGGCGCUAUACCCGAGAUCAAAGACUGUGAUAACAAUACAAUGUUGUAUUUCUGCUUCUACACGCCGUUGGACUGUGGUUGCCAAGAUAACGAUGGAAACUUUAUCAAGGCUGGGGAGAAAUUAACAACAGGUUGUGUGACAUACGAAUGCAAGGAGGAACAGAGUAUCGAAUACCUAGAGGUUUUUGAAGGCGGAUGCAGUGUCGGAGACAUUUGUAGGAAGGAAAACGAAACCUGGAUAGAUACUCAGGGGGAGACAUGUGAUGAGAAGAUAUGUCAGAGGGAUAUAGACGAAAGAGGACAAACAAUCUUUGUGGUGACAUCAGUCAAAAGAGGUUGCCAGGAUGGAAGCAUAUGUCGAGAUAUCGGUUACGCAAAGACACGCGGUUGUUACAUCACUGAAUGCCGAUUGCAUCCUACAACGUACAUGCCAUAUUUUUAUUUGAAGAAAUCAGGCUGCAGUGAUGGAAAAGGAGGAUGUAUUCCACUAGGAACAACCUACACUACGAACUGCAUCACGUACAGGUGUCGCAGACAGCCUACUAGAUGUGGCAAUGAGUUUGUAAAGGGAGCUUGCAAUUACUAUGGGGAAUGCAAAGAAGCUUUCACUGCCUUCAAGGGACAUGGCUGUGACAUACUGCAGUGUGUUAUGGAAAAGAAUGGGACAUCAAUCAGAUUGUUUAUAAAGAAUUUAGUUUCUAUGUGUCGUUUUAAGAACAAAUGCUAUAAAAUAGACCAGACAGUUCAAGAUGGCUGCUUUUUACGGAGAUGUAUGUCGGGUACUAAUGGAUACGCCUGUCACAUGGGCCUCGAUACAGGAGCUUGUACAAUGUCUGAUGGCACUUGUUUGAAUGUGGGAGGCACCUACCAGGACAGACGACAUUGUGCUACAUAUUACUGCGAACAAGAACAGCGAGGUUCAAGCUACACGUUUUCUAAGAAAAUUCAAAAAAUGGGUUGUAUGUUCCGUGGAAGCUGUGUUGAUGAAGGAAGUUUUCACAAUAUGUCAUGUUCUGAGUAUGUAUGUAGUGUAAAGAGGACUCCUGACAACGGAUAUAGUGCCCGAAUGGAUCCAUACAAACGUGCAUGUAGGGACUUCAAAGGAAAUUGUAUAGCCGUGGGGGAAUCGAUCGAAGAAAGCUGUACCACAUACACUUGUGACGACAACAACCCUACCCGUACACCUUUACUGAAGUUUAGGUCACAAAAAUGCAAAAGUAACGAUGGAGUGUGCAGGUCUAUUGAAUCGGAAUGGAACGAUGAUUCGAGAUGCAUGACGUCAAAAUGCAUUUCUUACAAAUUGCCUAGCGGAAAAACCACUCCACGGAUCGUGGCAUCUUCAAUGGGAUGCAUGUACCAGGGAAAAUGUAGGAAGGCAAACGAGGAAUGGUCGGCAGGAAACUGUCUAACUAGGACAUGUCUGGUUUCUACGUCAAAUGGCCGUUAUAGUAGGUCUAUACGGACAAAACCAGCAGGUUGCAAGGACCCACGUACAGGUGAAUGUAGGAAGCCUGGCGAGGAAUGGGAACAUGUCUUCAGAAAUGGAUGUGCCAUGCUUGUGUGUGUCACCUGUGAAAGGGGCGGCUAUAAACCAAGUGUCGCUCGAUAUUUAUGUAAGGAUGUGAAUGGGCGAUGCCGACAAAUCGAUGAAAAAGGUUUCACAGUCAAGUACAGAAACAAAUAUUACAACGGAUGUCAAUGUAAAGCCAGUGGCAUACAUGCUAGAGUUUCUUGUGGCGGGAAAAAAUAAAAUAAACAUAUUAUGGUUUCUUCUUGCUGAAAACGAGUUCUUUUUAGUGUUAUUAAGACAAACGUGUGAAGCCUAUUACGGUCCCGCUUCACAUAAAAUUUCAUCUAAUGCACUGUUUUACAAUGUACAAACUACACAAAUAUGUGUGCAUUAAGAAUUACUUUACACAGACAAAUUGUAAUUUCAAGUAUUGGUGUUUUAAUAUAUGUCUAAAUAAAGAAGUUCAAAAUACUUGAAGGAAUACAAUAAAACAACACGAAACCAGCAUAUGACUUAAGCAGGGAAACACAAACCACACCCACUUAAUUCUUAAAAAAAUAGUAAUAACAUCAUACUCAUAAUAAAAAUGUGACCAGUUUUAUUAGAAUCUAACAAUAAUCUAGAUUGAAGAAUACUUCGAAUAUGUACUAUGUUUCAAUAGAACUUUCGGUUUUCAACCCACGGUCAUUGGCAUUUGGGUACAGAACAAUUGGUUUGUAAACAAGCAUGCACAUCAGUAAAUAAACAAGUCAACAGUAUAUGUAAACAGUUAACAUACAAAACACAUUUCAUCUGGAUUUCACUCUAGAUAAAGAUUGAUUUCAGCGCAAAAACGUCACGAAUUGUAAUUUCUACCGAAGACAAACAAUACAUAAACAUUUUGUAGUCUUGACACGUGCAAGAACAUUUCAUGAUACAAGGUAUUAAAUGAUCAAAUGAUAUCAUACCAGGUAUUAAAUGAUCAAAUGUUAUCAUACAAGGUAUUAAAUGAUCAAAUGUUAUCAUGCAAGGUAAAAAAUCAUAAUCAAAUGAUAUCAGACAAGGUAUUAAAUCAUUAUCAAAAGACAUUAUACUGUACAUGGUAUUCAAUGAUCAAAUGAUAUCAUCAUACAAGGUAUUAAAUGAUCAAAUGAUAUCAUACCAGGUAUUAAAUGAUCAAAUGUUAUCAUGCAAGGUAAAAAUUCAUAAUCAAAUAAUAUCAUACAAGGUAUCAAAUCAUUAUCAAAAGACAUUAUACAUGGUAUUCAAUGAUCAAAUGAUAUCAUACCAGGUAUUAAAUGAUCAAAUGAUAUCAUCAUACAAGGUAUUAAAUGAUCAAAUAAUAUCAAACAAGGUAUUAAAUGAUCAAAUAAUAUCAUACAAGGUAUUAAUUAAGUGAUCAAAUAAUUUUAUACAUUUGUAUGUUUCAUUUCUUUUUGUAGGCAACAGAAGCCGUUGGCAAAUUUAUAUUACCAAUUGAUUAAAACAAUACACGUCACAAAUGAAGUGGCACUAGUGAAGAUGUGUCCUUUCAACAAACACCUCAGUCUAUAUAAAGGAAAAUAUUAAGAUACACUAUGAAAAGCUUUUGAAUUACUAAAAAGGUAGUUGAUCAUUAACUUUAGAGUCUUACAUGAAUGUUUGACAAGAUUUUAAACAAACACCAUAUUUUACUUCAGAUUUAUGCACAUUUUCACAAAAACUACUGAAAAAACUUCCGAGUAAUUUGAACUUAUUUAAGCAAUUAGUAAGCACCUUAUGUAUAAUCAAUACACGUUUACAUAUUGAAGCGUUGCAUUACUAUCAAGGUUUUUAACCCCAAAACACACAUAAAAGGAAUCUAUAGUGUAGUGGGUUGAGAUGUCCAAACCACAAUAUCUUAAGAGUUGGUGGAAAACCACAGGUACCUUCCUGAGAAACUGGGCUAGACACGAAACUUCCCUGGACCAUUACAUCUGGAUAGUACUCAGCAAACGUGUUGAUAGGUUCUUAAUGUGAACUAACUAUCAACAUAUCAAAUUUGAUUAAGUUUCACUAACAUAUUGUUUGGGCAAAGGAUCUAGAUAUAAAACUAUAAAAUGAAAUGUUUACACCAACAUUGCCACUUCUGAAAAGGUAACAAAAUAGUUUCUGCGACUUUAAAAGAUACAAAGAACUUUACACCGUCAGAAAAACACCAAGUCAAUCAGCAUCAAACCUGAUAUCAAAAUACCUUACCCUUUCACCCCUACGGAACAUAUUGGACUUCCGAUGAUGAAUGAAUGGCCGAGUCCACUCAAGUUUCUUUGGGUUGAAAUGAAUAAACUUUAUAAAAUGGUACACUGUUAAUAAUUGCUGAUAAUAUCCAAGAAAAUAGAUGAAAGUAUUUGCGAACCCCAUCUAUAUAUAAUUAAUUGCUUACCAUGAUUAUUAUAUAAAUAUUAACAAUAAUCAUUUUAGUCCCUCCACCAACCAUGCUUGGUCUUUCUCAGUAACCAACACCAAUGAUCUAUAUAUCUUCACUUUAGGUUGUUCUUGAGUGACAGAAUCUUAAAAAUUUCCAUAUAUUAUACCACAUUAGACAUUCCGAAGACAAUUACCAAAACACACAAAAAAAAAAAAAAAA